AUGAAUGUACUUCUGAAGAUUUAUCGUUGUAAGACAUGUAAAGAUGGGAAUCCUCUAGCGUUAGUGGGAGUGUGCUCUUUGGAAUCGCUGGGAAAGCGUGGCUAUCGCGUCCCAAAGCAGGGAACUAUUCAGGCGACCUUAUUCAACCCGCAAGAAACAGUGGUGAAAGUAUUUGUCAUUGCGUACGACAUGACAGAUAUGCCACCCUCAUCUCAGACCUUCAUACGUCAAAGAAUAUUUCUUGGUAGUGACGACGGGGCAAUGAAAGCGGACAAGCAUCUC